CCGAGAUCAUAAAACAGCCGGCUGCAGGACUAAGUGCUCACUCACACAGCCAGCCAGACAGACAGAGACACAGAGGAAGUUUCUCUCUGAGCAUCAGCAUUUUAACAGAUUCAUUGUUUCCCAUCUACACUGGGCUCUGUUUUUCUCAGAUAACUGUGUCGAUGGCAGUCAUUUCUUCUGAAUAACUGAUUUUUUUAGGAACAAAAAACUUGGCCCCAUCACUUUUGAGGCACAAAGUUAAAGGUUAUCCAAGUGAAUUUUUUUUUUUUUUUUUUUUUUUUGGGUACAUUUCAGGCUUUUUUUUUUUUUUAUGUGUCAAGGAUGCUCGUCUUAACUUGGACUAGAUGCUGUGCUGUGCUGUUUCUCGUCGCUACACUGAAGACGGUGACAUCCCAGGUAUCAGAGGCGCACCCAAAGCUGAAUGUGAUCAAGCCACCAGCUCUGUUGGAAGAGACACCUACACCAUCUACAAACCACUCCGACACUGUCCACCUGGGGAUCACCAAGAAACAUAACAUCCUUGCUCAGCAGGUGUAUCCAUGCAGCAAUGAUAAGGAGUGCAGCGUUGGAAGCUACUGCCACAGCCCUCAGCAGGCUCCCUCUCGCUGCCUCCCCUGCCGCCGGAGGAAGAAGCGCUGCCAUCGAGACGCCAUGUGCUGUCCUGGGAACCGCUGCAGUAACUAUAUUUGCGUCCCUAUCUCUGAGAGUGUGCUCUCACCUCACAUCUCAGCUUUAGACGAGCAUAACAAACUCUCCACCAAAGACCACAGCUGGAGGAAGGGUGGGAAGGCGCACGCUAAGCAUUCUCUCAAAGGGCAUGAAGGCGACCCUUGCCUGCGUUCAUCCGAUUGCUCGGAGGGCUACUGCUGCGCUCGCCAUUUCUGGACCAAAAUCUGCAAGCCGGUGCUGAGGCAGGGAGAGGUGUGCACCAAGCAGAGGAAGAAAGGCUCUCACGGCCUGGAAAUCUUCCAGCGCUGCGACUGUGCCAAGGGCCUUUCCUGCAAGGUGUGGAAAGACGCCACCUCCUCGUCCAAGUCCAGGCUGCACAUGUGCCAGAAGAUCUGAAGCGGGGGCAGCUGCUGUCGGCGUAGAGGCCUCUGUCUCAAACUGCCAGGGAGAGAUUUUUACAGGAUGGGUUGUGGCUGUAUUGAAAAGGAGUAAAAGACAGAGACUAACAAGAGACAGAACAGACUGUGUGGGUUCAAGCUCGCUAUUCGGCGUGCAGAGAGUGAAUGGGAUUGCUUUAAUGUAUGAGUGGUCCAUCCCUGAACCCACAUACAAACACGCACCCUCACACACACAAGCACACACACACACACACACACACAAAUACACACACACCUCAUGGGUUUGUGAGAUCAAUGAGCUUAUGGUGCGCUUGCUCACAAAUACAACAAACUUCUUACACAUUCUCAUGACAUUCAGGGAGCCACAAAGUUAGCUGGUAGAUGCUGUGAUAAGUGUGGACCUUUUCUAGAUGGAAGCAAACAGAUGUAGCGGUCUUUCAUCAAGCUUCAUCUUAAAAUAAUAAGACAGACUAUUUAUAGACAAGCCAUAUUUUUUACUGCACAGUACAUUCUUUACCAAACUCCAAAGAUCUGAUAUGCGACAUGCUGUGUUUCAUUACCGGAUCUGUCAUGAUUUGUUAUCUGUUUUGUCAGAUUUCAAUAUCUCACUCCUCUUGUUGUUUAUUUUAAGUCCUGAGGAAUUCAGCUAUUGCUAUGCAAGACAUGUACACCCAGUAACAAUGUCCAGACCCACAAAAUACCAGUCGUAUCAUAUGAGGAACAUAUUGCUGUUCACUCCGGAGCUUGACUUGUGUAACAGCAUCCUGAGACUUCAAUGCGACGCAUAAUACUCUUAAACCAAAGAAUGAAAGAAUAUUUACAUCAGAGUGAUGAGUUUCAUCUGGGACAUUAGCUUCUCGCCCCAUUUUUUUUAGCCACAAGAAGAGAGAUAAAGUAUUGUGUCCAUCGUGGAAACCUCGUUUGAUCUGUCAGAUACAGCUGCAAUCUAUUGUGAUACAACUGUAUGGGUUAAAACAGUUUGCACCGAGGUAGUACUCUGCUGCAGACUUAGUGGUUCCGAUACCAGACCAGAGAAUGGUUCUGCUUUUCCAAUCACAUGAUUCAGGAUUCAAGGAUACCAUGGAAGUGCAAUUUUUUUUCCGUUCACAAAGCCAGUAGGAAUGGAGACGCGAGAAGAUUGAUUAGAGUUACGAAAAAUGCUCCGUGAACCCGAUGAUGUUUUGAAAGAGAAUUGCAGUUUGAAUCAACAUUUUGUUGAUGGCACACGGCCCUGUUUAUUUUUCAAAUAUGACUGCAUACUUUCUUCUCAUGAAAUACUGUGCAGUUUUGUUGUACUGGAGGAGAAGCAAUGCUUUUUUUCCCGCCCAGUACAACUUCUUUAAACAACCACUUGUUACCUACAUAGUCAAUAUAAUAUCACAUUUGCCUCUUUUUUGCUUUAGAGCAUCAGCUACACAUAUAUUUUGUAACCAUUUAAAAUAUCAAUAAGCUCUUAUAUUGUAAAUAGAUUGGAAACAAUGAAAAUGUAUUUAAGAAUCAAUGUAUAUCAUGUACAUAUAAUAAAAAUAUGAAUCUUAAACGUUACAGCAAAAUGAUCUAGGUGAGAAGAGUAAUGAGGGAUGAAAUAGGAUGAGCACAGUUGGAUAGAUUCAAAAUAAUGUAGUUGAAAUGAUAAAAGCUGUGUGUAUAGGCAGAGGGGAAAGGCUUAGAUAGCUGAUAUUACAGACCGGAUGCAUCCAAAGGAUAUUUCCAAAAAGAGAGACAAGCACAUUAACUUCCAAAAUAGUUUGUGUAAAUGGUGUGUAAAUGGUGUCAAGAUUUAUAUCCCACUAAAUAUUGUUUGUGUUAAUACUUUGCAUUGAUUUGUUUUGUGUAUUUACACAAAUUAAUGAUGAUGAACGAAUAAAAGAAUGUAUUUUGUAUCAUUGGUUACACAAGACUGGUUAUUACUUGUUAUGUUUUGUUGAGUUUUUAUAAUGUAAGACGAGAGGUAAAACCAAGGGAAGAUGAAAUAUGCUUGCAUUAUGUUUUUUAAAAAAUGAAAUCCAGGCAGUCUGGCUUGUUUCAGAAAUGCAGAACGUCAUUCAACAAGCAGCAAAUUAAAAAAAUAUGGGCU